AUGUCCUCGAAACCCAGCCAUAAUAAAUUCCUCCACGGACCACCACUUAUAGCAGCCAUAACCUCCGUCUGCUCAGCUGGCUUCCUCCUCUUCGGAUAUGAUCAAGGUGUCAUGUCCGGCGUCGUAAUAUCGUCCUACUGGCUUUCUAGCAUGGGAAACCCAAGUACAUUAAUGAUUGGAACAAUAACGGCACUUUACGAUGUCGGUGCUGUAUUCGGGGCCAUCGCUGCUGCAUUUACCACCGAAGACCUAGGGAGAAAAAGAACACUUCUUCUGGGGGCAUUUAUUGUAAUGGUAGGGGGUGUAUUAAUGGGGAGUUCUUAUGAAAGGGUGCAAUUUAUGGUUGCACGCGUGAUUACAGGGAUUGGAAUCGGAUACGUUACUAGUGUAACACCCGUUUACCAAAGCGAGAUUUCGGCCGCGGCGCAGAGAGGUUGGCAAGUUUGUUGUCAAUUGAGCACUAUGCUUUUCGGCCUCAUGCUGGCUUAUUGGAUUAAUUAUGGGGUUUACUUUCGGAAAUCUGAGUUGCAAUGGCGAUUUCCCUUGCUUUUUCAAUGUGUUUUUGCGGUUUAUAUCUUAGUAGUUACGGUCUGGUUACCGGAUACGCCGAGAUGGUUGAUAAGGCAUGAUGGAAAUGAGGAUAGGGGGCUCUUGGUGUUGGCUAGCUUGAGAGGCGUGGGCGUUGAUGAUGUUAGGGUCCAGAAGGAGAAGGAGGAGAUUAUGGGGGCGAUUAUGAUUGAAGAGAAGGAGGAAGGCACGUGGGGAGAUCUAUUCAGGGACAAUGGAAUCAAGGCUAACAAAAGAUUUUAUCUGGCUUUGGGGAUUCAGUUUAUGCAGCAGAUGAGUGGUAUUAACAUCGUCACUUAUUAUGCUCCUACCUUAUUUCAAAGUAGUCUGGGGAUGAGUCAAGAGAGGUCACUUUUCCUGGGAUGUUUUUUACAAUUAUUUUAUAUCAUCGCAUCAUUCCUUACAUGGUGGACUAUCGACCGUGUGGGCCGUCGCAAACUCUUUAUAACCAACGCCAUCGGAAUGUGUCUCGUCCUCAUUGCCGAAGCCAUUUGUGUUUCCCUCGAAACACCUACAGCUAGCAUUAUUGCGGUUAUAUUCAUCUUUGCCUUCGAAGCCUGCUUUACAUGGGGAUGGAUGGCCACAGUUUGGAUUUAUCCCCCUGAAAUCCUCCCACUAAAAAUCCGCGCAAAAGGUGCUUCUUUAGCCGCAGCCGCAGAUUUCCUUGGUAACUUUUUAGUCGUGGAAAUUACACCGCCGGCCUUGGAGAAUAUUGGGUAUAAGACUUAUGUUAUUUUUGCGGUAUUGAAUGUGGUGAAUGCCGCCAUUGUCUGGUGUUUUUAUCCCGAGACGGCGGGACAGUCGCUGGAGACUAUUGAUCGGCUUUUUGUAGGGACAGGAUUGGAUUUUAACGAGGAUUAUGACUCGGUAAAUGGUAAAUUUGCGGGUAACUUACAAUGGAGUAUGGUGAGGAAAGCCAAGGAUUUGGGGAAGAGCGGGAGGCAGAGGAAUGAAUCGAUGGUCGAGGCGAUACUUGCCGGAGGGGCUAUGGAAGCAGAAGCAUAG